CCAAUCGGUCAACGGUUAAAGUUUGCCCCUCUUCCCACUAUAGUUUUAGGUUAAUGUGUCAGCGUUGUGGGACGUCAGGAGAGCUCGUGCGGGUUGAAGGGAAGGAAAAGGAAGUGGAAGUCGCGUGACCUCAGUCUAAACACAUGUUUGUGGAUUUGCUCGGCGUGCAUUUUGGAAAACCUUGCUCGAAGUUCAUCGGCGGAAAAAACAGGAAGCAACUGUACGCCUUCAGUAGGAACCAGCAGAACCAACAAGUCAAGUGCUUCCUAGAAAUGUGGGUGUUCCUUCAGCCAAAAGAUGAUCCAUGAGCCUCUGUGAAAUUACAAGCUGCUAUAACCAAGGAAUGACAUUUUGUCACUAUGUACUGAAGAUUACAGUGGCUCAUUGGAAUCAACUGGACUGGGCACAAUCAUAACAGAAAAUCUCAGGAACCAAAGAACUACUGAUUUCACUAAAGCCCAAAGGAAGCACUACAUUCCUUGACUCGAACCAUGGAGAGCCUUACUCUUUAAAAUAAGGAUCAGAGACAGAAUUCCCAUUUUACAACUUUGCAAUUUGGAUAUCUCCCAAAGAAAACAGUCUCUACAUGUAUAGUGGACAAGAAGGGACAAACUAACAAAUGGUCAACUGAAUGGGCCUUCAGUCUUUGGUGUGCUUUAGUGACCCUAAGGAAGAAGUACUUGGAGGCUCAACAAAGGACCCCUUGAACAAUUUAGGGAUGGAGUCUUACCAUUCAGACCAAUAUUAAUUUCACACCGGUGUUUUAUUUUUUUUCUAAGAAAAGUUCUGGAAGAGUCUCAAAGCUUCUAUAAGAAAAUGUUCUUGCAUUCGUCUCUUCAUUGUCAACCAUCCAUUGUAGGUGUCUUGACAGACAAUAUACUGACAAAUGACCAAAUAUGUGAAUGGAUUGCGUCCACAGUUUCAGAAUUUAGGUAUGCAAGAGAACAUGGUGGGUUCACCAACAGAACCUCUGAGCAACACGACUCUGAAACCAGUACAUCACCUCCAACUUUGCCAGUCACCCUCCUCCAGGCCUCUACCUCUGAUAAAGACGAUGAGCACAAACAAAGUUCUAACCUGAGUGUUUCUCAGCUGGGUUCUGUCACAGUUGGUCAGUCACCUGAAGAAGACUGUUUGAGGACAACUACAAAAUCAAGUUCUGAGAAGAAAGAAAAUUCACUGAUCCUGUCAGAAGUCUCCAGCACCCAUGAAAAAAAAGAUGAACAGCGUCCUGUCAUUAACACUACCAUUGAUGCCUUUAUCAGUGAUGAACUGAUAAAGGAGUCCAAUCAAACAGUGGAUAGCAAUUCAUCAGAUAAAGACUCCAUGUUUCGAUUAGAUGGCAGCAGGACUUUAGUUGACAAAGUUGGAGAAAGUGAAAUUUGUCAGCAGCAAAAAGGGGAUGAAGUUAAAGAGGGGAGAGUAGUAGCUGCCUUAAGGUCAAGUACUACCAAAGAAGAGUCCAGGAAAGGUAGUAAAGCUCAAACUGAUAGAGCAAGCUCAUCGGGUUCAUGCCAACAGAACUCAACAAAUGUAUUGGAAAAAAGGUUCCAACAAACCAAAUCUAACCAUCAAGCACAAAGAAACACAGAUGGAACACCAAAUUUUGCUAUUCCAACUGAUCCCCAGUAUGAUGAUAUUUCAGAUGUGGAAGAGCACUCAUGGUUGACUGCCAGAUUUCUGAGGGUAGAGGGAUAUGAAGAUGUAAGUGAAGAUGAAAAUCAGGGCAGUGGAAAACGAACUGGGAAGAUGGGCUCUACCCCACCUGUUGUGUCUGUGCCUUGCAGUAAAACAUUAGAAAAUGUGCAGCUUUACGAUUCCCCCAAUACACCCACACUUGAUGAAAUAACAGAUAUUCAUUCUCCAUAUUCUGUUGAAACUGCUGAGUCAGAACAUCACUUGUGUAUUGAGAGAGAUCAUGGAGGGCAGACAAACCACUUCUUGUAUGAGGAAUUUAGCGACGAGUCUGAUGAGGAGAGUGAGGUGGAGUUUGAAGUGGUACCUAUAAUGAUGUCAGACUUUAACCCUGAACCGGUGGAAGAGGAGUCUGCCUCAGGAAAAGUGAUGCAACAUGUCGGUGUUCAUGAAAACCAAGCACAACAGCAUGGUGUAAAUGCAAGACAAAGUUGUGCUCCAAAGCCAGUACCAGCAUCUGCAUUUUCCAAGAUGGCCAUCUUUGACACCCCAGAUGAUCAAGAACAAGCCUUUAGAUGUGGUCAGGUUUCCUUUGUUGCACUCCCCUGUGGCAGCCCUGAGUCAACAUCAGGACAAGGUGAGGACAGUUGUGCCACUGAGGACAGUUGUUCUUAUUCAUCUGGUCCUGAGUGCAACUAUAUGACUGUGUCCAAAGAGCUAUAUAAGAGCAUAUCAUCUGCCCAAAGAAAGACUGGCCACUGUGUCCCCAAAAAUGGGGAGGUUGUGCAAAUGCCUCUAGAUGAUGGUGUAAUUGACAACCUUGCUUUGGAUUUGGAAGAUAACCACUGCGAGUCAAAAAUUAAGAAACAAUCUCAAACUUCAGAGAACUUCAAACAAAAUGAUGAAAGUGUUGUGAUUAUUUUGUCUGACUCGGAUGAAGAAGGUGGGGAAAAUUACAAUAUGGCAAAGAUGGCUUCAACGGCAACUUCAGUAGACUGUGGCAGAGGUUCUAGACAAGAGAGGAACACAGCAACUCCUGAAGUAGCAACAUUGGACAAGAACCAAAAGAGCAGCAGGUCAAGAAUGAGUUGGCAACAGUCUGACAGUGCAGAUCUGACAAGAGAGGUUAUCUCAACAGAAGCAGAGGACAGUGACGACUUCUCAAAUGCAGAUGUAAAUGUUUUGGAAAGGAAAAAACUGAGAACAGCCUCUAGCCACCCCAGAUGGCUAUCAGAGGUAGACAUCACUGAAAACGUCUGCAUAAUUGAGCGCAUGAUUGUUAAAGAAUCAAAAUCUGGUGAGCCGGCUACACUUGUGAGGGUACCCAGAGGCCCCAGCCAAGGUUCACGUGAAUCCAUGCCAAUGGCAAAGUCUUCAUUAACAGAGAGGGAUGGGAUCAGAGAGCAACCUGACAAACCUGCCUCCAUCCCCACUAGAACUCAUGUCGAAGCCCACAAGAACUCGCGUAGACGCAUCAUGCAUGCUUCGCCGUCUCCCUCCUCUGACAACCCUUUAGCAAUGGAUCAUCACUUCACUCUUGCAAGGUUUCCAUCAUCUUCAGCUCCUGUUGAGUCAAUACAAGUCACCAGCCAUGCAAGGAGAAAAGUGUUUAGAACCUGGAAAGAUCAGCAUGUCCCUCUGCGGAAAGAGAAAAAACACAAGAGGGAAAAUGCCUUCAGACAUCCUCGCUAGAUGGUUCACCAGCAGCUCAGAUGGCAGUAGUUUUUCCCAGGUUAUGAUGAUCACUGAGAAAAAUUCCAUUAGGUCAUUUAUAUUUUAUUCAUAAUAUUAUUAAACGGUAAAAUAUGUAUAAAGUAUCACAAUCUGGAUGUUAUGAAUAUAUUUUGUCUUACUUCUAGUAUUGCAUCUCAUUAUCUUUUGGAACAAAUGUAAAUUUGAGAUGUCAAGAGAUGUUGAUGUUUUAUCAACCUCGUGUUGUACUGAACACUUGACUUAAAUCCUGACUGCUCACCUACACUGAGUUUUGCUCUUUUCCUCAAUUGCAGCUUUGACUUCAAACUUAAACUUCAAAUGCCGUCAGAGCUGUAUCACUGCUGUGUUUAUAUUUCACGACAGGGUAAUCUGGCAUGACGGUUUUAUUUCUCUGUGAUGCAUUACUAGGUAAGGUUUAUUUCAUGUUUCUUCCGCAUUUAAAUACAGCAAAGUAACUGAAACCUGGACGAGAGUAAAGAUUUUACUGAGAAAUUAGGUCCUACUAAGCAGUGUGUCUGUGUACUAGACAAUAUUUGCACUUGCUACUUUUGUUUUUGAUAUAUUAGGAGUGGUAUGGAGAAAAUUAACCUGUGGUUGGCUCAAUCCCAAGUUAUCCCCUUCCUCUGUUAUGCAGUCAUAUAUGAGGGUUCAUAUUUUCAACUUUUCUCAGCCUCUGAGUUCCUGUAUUCGCUAAAUGGUUCUGUCAAGGAGUCUUUGUUUGGAAUUAUUGCAUUUAUUAACUUUUUGAGGAGGUGUGGUUGACCCUUUUCCAAUGUAUAAGUGGACCUCAUUGCUAAGUAUGAUGCUCAUCAAUUGACUGGAUCUACUUGCUUAAUGGGGCAUUACUAUCACCAACUGGUAGGGAAUGUGGACCAGAUAUAAGCCCCUACUUCCUUGCAGGAGGAAAAAAAAUGCUAUUAAAAUUAAACUCUUCAAAACAGAA